AUGGACCAUGAUGUCCGUAUCCAUUAUGCACCAUUUCGUGAAGUUUCAUCCAAGAUUUAUCGAGUUCAUCGAGGACGAGUCAAAGAUAUUGGUAGCUCGUAUGCUGUGCCUAAAGUUUUCUGGACCGCAGCAGAAGAUGGACUAGUGUAUCAAUUUGAUCUUCGAGCACUACCCAAGACCAAUGGAGUGUGUGAGACUCCGGAUACAUCCGGGGUCUUGAUUAAUUUAGGAAGAGACAGGAACGGGAAUGUACUGAAAGCAAUGGGGAUGACAGUGCAUCCAUUGGACCCAAUGAAGGUCGCAGUAGCCUGUGGGGACUUUUACACGAGGAUGUACGACCGACGUAUGCUGAGAGUACAGCAGUAUGCAAGAGCUACCGGAGCUACGAGUCCGGUGGAGGUUUUUGCACCGCCACAUUUGCAUUUGGAUGCGUUUUGCGACAAAAAGACAAAGAGAUUUCAUGACAAAUGUCAUGGGACGAGUAUUCAAUUCAGCAAUGACGGAUUAGAAAUUCUUGCCAAUUACCACAAUGAUCAUAUUUAUCUGUUUAAAGUGGGCUCGGAUGAGACAGUGGUAUUCAAGAAGGAUAAUAAGAGUGAACCUCAAAUCCAGCCAUUAGUGUGGCUCAAUGGAGCGCAUAUGGAUGAGCCAAGAUUGUCACCAGAUUUGCAUUUGGAAGAAGUGCAGAUGCUGCAUGAUCGGGGAAAAGAAGCACUUGAUAAAAGCGAGUAUAUGCACGCACUGAAGCCGCUCAAUGUAGCUUGUGCUGCUCGUGGAGUGAUUAAAAUGACACCGACACGACGCAAAGAUCUUCACCACGACUGCGCGAAAGCUUAUUUAGGAAGACGGUGGAACGCAGAUACUUAUUUGGCUGCUGUGCAAUGCAAAAAGGCGCUGGAGCUUGACCCGAAUGACCGAGAGGUUGCAUUGUCGUAUAUCAAGGCACUAAGUGCAGGACGACGACAACCACAAGCAAGGUGGCAGUCCCGACGAUACAAGGAAAAGUAUCCAGAUCACGAGGCGGACGUCAUUCCAUUCUUGAAUGGUAGUGCGUCGGUUACAGACGGUGGUCGUUCGCUACAGCACAUGCUCCGCCCGGGGAGAUCAUCCAGCGACGACGCAUCUAUCAACAGCGAGGAAGUUUCACAUGGCAGCAGCCAGAGUGAUGACUCAGAAGACGGGUUACCUGAUGAUGACGACAGUUUUUGGGAGGGUGACUUGGUGAACAGCACACCGGUAAAUUGUGAUGUCCUCCGUCGUUACAUUGGGUAUUGUAAUGUGCAAACGGACAUUAAAGAGGCCUCGUUCUUUGGAAAGAACGACGCGUACAUUAUCGCAGGGAGUGAUGAUGGGCGUGCGUUAGUGUGGGACAAGGCAACUGGGGAGUUGGUGAAUGCAAUUAAAGCAGACGCGGACAUUGUGAAUUGUGUUCAGCCCCAUCCUUUUGAUGCGUGUGUGGCGACAAGUGGUAUCGAAGAUGUCAUUCGUUUAUGGAGCCCGACCAGUGGCGAGGAGAAUACUCCAACAAAAUCUGAAUUGGAAGACAUCUUGACGAGAAAUCAGAGUCAAAUGGAUAGUAUGGCGGUUUCGUUUGAAGGAGAUCUACACAACAUGGUUCGCCUCGUCUUCCAGUCAGGCGGAGAUCACCAGGCCAUUCAAGAGUGUGCGACUAGCUAA